CACCGGCUGGCGAUGGCGUCCGGCGGCUGGCGCUGGCUUCGCGGCCUGUGGGCCGCUGGGCAGCCCCUGUUCCAAGGUCGUGCUCUGCUGGUCACCAACACGCUGGGCUGCGGCACGCUCAUGGCUGCCGGGGACGGCGCGCGCCAGUCCUGGGAAAUCCGCGCCCGACCCGGCCAGAAGUUUAACCCGUGGCGCUCAGCGAGCAUGUUUGCUGUGGGCUGCAGCAUGGGCCCCUUCCUGCACUACUGGUACCUAUGGCUCGACCGUCUGCUCCCCGCAUCUGGCUUCCGUGACCUCCCAAACAUCCUCAAGAAGGUCCUCGUAGACCAGCUGGUAGCCUCUCCCUUGAUGGGCGUCUGGUACUUCUUGGGCAUUGGCUGCCUGGAGGGCCAGACACUGGAUGAGAGCUGCCAGGAGUUACGGGACAAGUUCUGGGAAUUCUACAAGGUGGAUUGGUGCGUCUGGCCAACUGCGCAGCUGGUGAACUUCCUCUUCGUGCCCCCCCAGUUCCGAGUCACCUACAUCAACGGCCUGACGCUGGGCUGGGACACGUACCUCUCCUACCUUAAGUACCGGAUCCCUGAACCAGUGACGCCCCCAGGUUGCGUGGCCCUGGGCACCGUGCAGACUGAGCUGCCUCACACUCCAACUGGAUGCCAGACAGGGCAAGACUGACCCCCCACCUGGGUGGGAGGGAAACAAGCUCCUAGUAGGCCA